AUGGGGGUAAGCCUAGGCCAGGAUGUGGGCUGGCUCCUGCCUUUCUUAUUCUUGCUGGUGAUGAUCAUGGUGUCACCGACCCAGAGCCAAGGAUGUCCCCAGCGCUGCGAAUGCAUUGCAAAGCUCAAGACUGUGUCCUGUCAUGGUAAACGCCUCUCUGCACUGCCAGAUGGCAUCCCGUUAGACACCAAGAUCCUGGACCUAAGUGGGAAUAAACUUCGCUGGGUAGAGCAUGGUGACCUGCUCCCAUAUCCACGUCUUGAAAAGCUGGACCUGAGUGAGAACAUGAUCAGUGUCCUGGAACCAAACGCUUUUUCUAGUCUCCAGAAUCUGCAGUUGCUUUCACUCAGGGGUAACGAAUUGAAACUGGUCCCCAUGGGGGCUUUCUCACGUCUCUCUAACCUAACUUCAUUGGACCUUAGUGGGAAUAGGAUUGUAAUUCUUUUGGACUUUACUUUCCAAGACCUGAAAAAUCUAAGGAACCUGGAAGUUGGAGACAAUGAUCUGGUUUAUAUCUCUAACAAGGCCUUUUUAGGUCUAGUGGGACUGAGGGAGCUGACCAUUGAGAGGUGCAACCUGACCUCUGUGUCCAGCCAGUCUUUGUCUUACCUGCAUAAUCUGGUGACUCUAAAGCUCCGCUACCUCAGUAUCUCUGCCUUAGAGGACCAGAACUUCCGUAAACUGGGAAACCUGAGGGGUCUAGAGAUUGAUCACUGGCCCUUUUUGGAGUACAUUUCCCCUCACAGCCUGCAGGGGCUUAAUUUGUCUUGGCUGUCGAUUACGCACACCAACAUCACCUCUGUACCCACUUCGGCCCUACGCAGUUUAGCUCACCUCACCAGUCUCAACCUUUCCUACAACCCUAUUUCUGUCUUGGAGUCCUGGGCGCUGAGGGACCUUGUUAGGUUGAAAGAGCUGCAUCUAGUCAACACCAACCUAGUGAUGGUGCAGCCAUAUGCACUUGGUGGUCUAAGACAAAUUCGCCUCCUUAACCUCUCCACUAACAGCCUGGUGACCCUGGAGGAGGGGGCUUUUCAGUCUGUCAACACUCUGGAAACGCUGCGUUUGGAUGGAAAUCCUCUGGCUUGUGAUUGCCGCUUGCUCUGGAUCCUCCAGCGCAGGAAGACACUAUAUUUUGACGGUGCUGCCCCAGUGUGCAUGACGCCUGUUGAGGUGCAGGGAAGGGCUCUUAGUGCUUUCUCUGACUCAGCUCUCUUUGACCACUUUACUUGCCAGAAGCCCAAAAUCCGCAACAGGAAACUGCAGCAAAUAUCUGCCCGUGAGGGGCAGGUGGUGUCAUUCAUUUGCAAAGCAGAGGGUGAACCAAUGCCAGUGAUAUUCUGGAUCUCUCCUCAGCGUCGCCGCAUCACCACAAAGAGCAGUGGACGCCUAACUGUAUUACCAGAAGGCACACUAGAAAUACGGUAUGCCCAGGUAACAGACAGUGGAACUUACAUCUGCAUUGCAAGCAAUGCUGGUGGAAAUGACACUUAUUUUGCCACACUUACAGUGAGUGGGCUGCCGCUAGAUGCAGCCCUCAUGGCCAACCGUACCUACUACGCUGGGGACCUUAAUGACACAAAUCUAAACGAUACCAGAGUCUUCUUGAAGUUCACUCUGGACCUCAAGACCAUCCUUAUAUCCACAGCAAUGGGCUGUAUCAUGUUCCUGGGGGUCGUCCUCUUCUGUUUCAUUCUGCUGUUUGUGUGGAGUCGUGGGAGAGGACAGCACAAAAACAAUUUCUCAGUGGAAUAUUCCUUCAGAAAAGUGGAUGGACCUGCUGCCAGUGGAGGACAGGGUGGGGCACGCAAGUUCAACAUGAAAAUGAUUUGA